AUGGGAUUGCCAGAGUCUCUCCUCAGAUGGUUGUUUCAGGUGUUGAAACCACAGUAUCAUAAUCCUGUGCUAUGCUAUCAGGAUGUUUCAUUGAUUCUAAUGAAGUACUCUUCAUUGAAACCAAGAACGAGGGUAUUUGCCGAUAACAAAGGACAAGACCAGUUACUGCUUAGUUUAUACGGCUCUAUCCCUUGCAAACAUCAUAAUGUGACAUAUGAGAUACCUAUAACGAUAUGGAUACCAUUGGAUUAUCCAAACUCCCAUCCCACCAUUUAUGUCACUCCAUCAAAUGAGACGCAUGUCCUCAACCCCAACAACUACGUUGAUGCAAAUGGGAAGGUCUACCAUCCGUUUAUCUCCCAAUGGCAUUCGGUGUACGGAGCAGAUAAGUACAAUGAUCCCAAAAAGGUACAAGAAAACCGUUUGCUGAAGCUUGUCGAGGUAAUAGGUGAUGCCUUUGGAAGAGAGUUUCCAUUGUUCAAACGACAUGCCCCUCCACCAAUUCCAGGAUAUGAUAAUCCGAGGCAAAGUCCUAGACUACCAACAAAUGAAGUAAAUCCGAUGAACAGCCCUAGAUCGGAGGUUCUUGCUUCAAGUCAACCACCUCCUUUGCCUACAAAGCCCAAGGAAUACCAAUCACCUCCACCGGACUCAAGUAGACCUCUCAACUUCAAUACUUCUUCACAUUCAACUCCAUCCCAACAGAGCCUCUCAAGUCCCCAGCCUGGAGCUACGGUUCCUUAUGUCUACAAAGAUAUGCUUUCCUCGAACUUUGAUCAAUCACAUAAGGGAGAUGAGCAGCAUUCUCUCUUAACUUCGCUGCAUAAAUCUCUUUCAGUGUUGCUGGAACAAGAUCUCAAAUUGCUAUACAACGAAGAUAUACUUCCUCAAUUGCAAAGAAUUGAAAAAGAGUUGCUAGCAUUGAAAGAUUUGGCCUCAAAAGACGACCAACUAGUCAAGUACUAUCAAACACAGAUAAAAAAGAAUAAGCAAAUCUUAGAAUCGAAAAUUUCCGAAGCCUCCUAUAUGAUCAAAAAUCUUUCCAAUGAUAAAAGUGUUGACAAAAUAGACGAAAUUCUUGUUGCUGAGACGGUUGUCUUCAACCAAUUGUACGAUCUCAGAACGGAAGAGGCAAGCAUUAAUGAUACGAUAGACAUUAUCACCAAAUCUCAUGACUCUGGCUCCAUCGAUACAGACCUUUUCUUGAAAUACACUAGACAAUUGUCCAGAGAAAAGUUUAUGGUUAUUGCAUUGACUAAAAAAAUAAUUACAUCCAUUGGAAUUGAAAAUAAAUAG